GCUACAGCGAACCUGUCUGGAACAGAACGCGAAAAGUGCGCCGUUUGUGGCGGGGUGCAAUACCGGAAGCGAAGCUGCACAGCGGUGCAGUUUUUGAAGUUAGACUGGGAGUCACCCAAGCAUGCUUUGCCGAUCUCGUGCGCUUGAAUGCUAACCAGGAGUUUCUGCAGUGAUCUUUAAAAAUGCCGCCUCGGUCCUAUAUGAUAGCAACAUCAGGAUCAUGGUCUAAUACCAGCUUAAAUAAAUUUAUUAUGAUGAUCCAGUCUGAUGCUGUUGUAAUUUGACCAUAUGCAUUUACGCGGUUUGUUCCUAAUUUAUAGACUCGCUUCCCAUUCCUUUCCGAAAAAUAGAUCUCACAUCUCAAUCGAUAAGUAUCAUACACCGUACUCGUGGUGUAUAUCGUGACUUUACCGAUCGACCAACUAAUUUAAUUGUGUUUAACUAAGGAGAAAUGCGCUAAACGGAGCCGGAAACUCCUUUGCACGUUAUGGAGACAGCAAUAUCAUGCGGGCAUGGUAUGGGAUUGGGUUACAGCGCAGCGGAUCGCUGGCGCUUUCCGCCCUGGAUGGCAUUCUCCCGGCGAGGCCGCCCGGGGGGCACUUUGCCUAUUCAUUCGCGCAAUCGCGACCUGAUCAUUCCGCCAUUUGGUCGCGGCCGGCCGCACCGACCGCGAGCGCGGACGAUCAAUUCGGAUUUCGAAAUUUGUGAUUGCCCCAUCGUCUGCUACCUGUCAAUGGCCAUCGCGCUCAUCUUGAUCGGAUGUUUACUGACGGCAUUCGUGCUGGACGACACAUUCGGUCAUUUGAAUUCCAUGAUCAGUCAGUUGUGGCUGGUCGGACCACUUUUUAUAUCUUCCGGGGUUGUAUUCUUCAUCCGCAUCAUAUUAUUCCUGCGUAAAAAACAAGCGCAAAGAAGACAGCGCGAGGAACUGCGACGUCGGCGUCGCAAUGCGCACAGCCACCGUGACGCCACGGCUAAUCCGCGCGAUUUAGAAGCCCCUUGUAGUCGACGCGAUUCAUUCUCAUCACUCCCGCCGGACUACGAAGCGGUUGUCAACGGUGUCGGACCGCCAUCUGUGCCGCGGCACCACCAGCUGUACCGGCACGGAGCCGGCCGUCGCAAUCCAGCGACGGGCUUCUAUCCCGGCACGCCCCGCUGCUCGGCGGCCAUGGCCUUCUUGAACUUGGAAGAGCCGCCGCCAGCGUACGAAGAUGUCGUCCGUACGGUGAUUAUCAUGGAUGAAUCGGCAUGUCCACCGUAUCCGGUCGAAGCCAAUCAAUGCCUGCCGGAAAACAUUUCCACGAUCCAGCGCGAAGUCUGUCGAUUGUCCUGUUAUGUCAACGGAAGUACAACUGAUUCUUCAAAAUCAUAAUCGAAAGUGAAAAGAAAAGGUCAAUGUGAAACGUAAUGUCGAAGCCAGCAACCGUUUUCAAUCUUGCCCAUAGGAUGGCAACAUAUAUCGUUUGUGUUCACUUUUUGACCAAAGACGUUUUCGUUCCUAAACGCGCGGACAAUAUAAUGAAGGUAUCCUGUCCGGCAAGCCAAAAUGUCGGCCAUUUACGAAAAAAAUGAUUCGAAAUGGACAGCGCGGACGGCGCACUACGGUAGACAACCUCGAUUGAUCCAGUUCUACGCCAGUUCCGACCGUUUCGAUAUGUAAAUUAAAUUGUGACACUGUUGUUUUGGAUUGUAUCAAUCUGUCCAGUCAUGACUGCAGUCUUGUCAAAAUAUUAGUGGUUUUAAGUCAAGUUUCACAUGCCAGCUUUUCGUUAUACAUUAUUAGAAUUAGUAAAAGCGAGUCGCUCGAGUCGUUUUUAUAAUGCACGAUGGCUCGAGCGGAACUUACCCUAUUUUUGUCGCGAUAAUAAUAUUGUACUUACCUAAUUAGAUAUCUUUAUAACAAAAAUUUAAUAUGCACAUUUACCUUAAUUUAAUA